AUGCAGCCUUUCGGGCCGCUGCGAUGUCUGCUGCUGGCGGUGCUGGGCGUCCUUGCGCAAGCAGAUGAACCCAUCGUCCUGAAGCCAGGGGAAGCCGAGGCUGGCAAAUCACGGAAGAUGAUGGUGAUUAUUCCAGGGGGGAAUGUACCAAAUCACCAUUACCAGCAGACCGCCCAAGCAAUUCAGGACGCGGCCGCACAGAAAGGUUUGAGCCUGUGGCUGGUGGUGCCGACCGUCUUCCAAAACCUCUGCAUCAUCAGCUGUGCUGCGACGUGGCUCUGCUCCCCACUGCACUCGGCGGUGGAGGCGGCGCUCUCCGCCGCUGCGAAGCAGGGCUGGAAUCGGACAAACGACUCCGAGAAUUUGUGGCUGGCUGGGCACAGCCUUGGCGCCACCUGUGCAAACAAGCUUUUCCAGGCCUACAACGCCCACAACUCCAGCAACUCGGGCUCGAGUCCCUAUGCUGGUAUGGUGGUCAUGGGAGGCUAUGUGGAUGAAACAGGAGACUACGACCUGCUCGGCUAUCCGGUGCCCGUCUUGAGCCUGAACGUGGAGCUGGACGGCGGCCUUGCAAGGCCGGGCAAAAUCUCGACGUGGUGGCAUCAGUUCCUGAAGCUUCGGCAACAGAAGGGCUUGGAGACUGCGGCCACUGACAAGCCAGUGAUCGUGCUGCCGAAGCUGAACCAUUCGGACUUCUGUCCCGGCUUUGAUGUGCCCGGAGACCUUCUUGCAGAGGUGGGACAGCAGGAGGCGACGGGCACCAUUGGUGAGACGGUCUCCGCUUUUUUGGCACUCCAUUGGAAGGGGGCAGAAGCAAAGAAAGCUUCAGCCCUUGAGCUCCUGAAGAGCCAGCUGGAGUGGACAGAAGGUCUGUUGAGUCCCUACCUCGAGGCACAAGACUUGGAGAGACGGGCAGCGGACCACAACGUAAGCUCAGAAGGCUCGAGCCCUUUCUGCAGCCGGGCUCAACAUGUCCUGGCCGGCCUCAGUGCAGCGGACGCGCAGCGGUUGCAGGUGCAAGACGGCUUCCAUAUCUCGUCUCCCAAUCUGGAGCACUGCCAUCCGACCUGGACUGUGGACGGGAAGAAGCUUCUGGUCCGAUCGUGCAGCCACGCGAACUACUAUCCUGACAUCAGCAACACCGGCAAAAUCACGGCGGCCGAGGAGAUAGGUUGCAAGUUGCUGUCGGCAGAGCGUGUUGCCCAGCAGCUCCAGACACACCCAGAGCAUCAACGGUUGCCCUGCGCCGCGAUGAACCGCGUCGCCGUGCAAGUAGCCGAACAGCUCGCAGCCGAGAGCACGCUGCGGCGAUAUCGCGAGAAGGGCCGUGGCUGGUGCUUCCUGGAUGACUCGCCAUCUGUGGCCGGACCCGUCUGGGUCUUCAAGGAUCGGCUCGCCCUCAAGGAGAACAGCACAUGUAUGGCAGUACAAUCCCCGUCCAUGCUGACCGAUGUCAAUGCAAGGCAAGCUUCUGUCACCUGCUCGGGUGUUGGACUGGAUGAUGACGGACAGCCUAAAACCAGGCAGUCAAAGCGAGCUCUCCAUCAUCGUUUGAGUAUGUUGGAGGUCUUGGCGAGCCUGCCCACGGUCGCGAUUUUCAGCAGAUCCGAAGCAGAACCAGGAGGCAACAAAAAAGACUAUCCCGGAGAUCACGUGCCGUUCCUUUCUGAAGCUCCCCUCGGGACGAUGGCAAGCAUGAUGGGCGGUAUGGGUGAUGCCAUGAAGGAGCAGGCCAAGAAGAAGAUUGAGGACGAGAUGGCCGAAAAAACCCCUGCCUACAUUAAGCCCUUCUUUCCUUGCUGCGGUGGUCCCGUCGGAACCAUGGAGAAGUGCAUCUGCAUGGUGCCCCCGAAUCAGCAGGAGGUGAAAUCUGCCAUGCAGAAGUACAAGCGGUGCGUGGCGGACUGGCUUCAGAUAGGACAAGGUCAGCUGGUGUCCGGGAGCUCUCAGGAAGCCAGCCCAAAGGCGACGCCGAAGCACCAGCGCGGUGCUGACGACGUCACGCCGGAGCGUGUGCUGCAGCGCAUCUCCGGUCUCAUGACCGAGAUGACCGCGAUGGAAACCUCACUGGAGAAUCUGCGCGAGCAGAUGGAAAAGGAGGAGGCACAAGAUCUUGACCUGGAGCCCCUGCUGGAGUUAGAAGAGGACGAAGGUUUCAAGCCGCUCGCAGCUCCGAAACAGGGCUCCAAGCGUGCCACUCUAAUGAUUUGUGACCUUCGGGCUUUGCCAGCCUCCGAGGUUAAGAGCAGCUCAGCCGAUGUGGCAAGCCCAGUGGCCGGGCUGUGGAGAUCGGUGAAGCUCUGGCUGCGGCCAUCAGGCGAAGAUGGCACGGCGCCGGCGCCCGCAAAAAGAAGGCGCCCCCGAAAAGAGGAGGAGCCUUUUGAGGUCUUUGCUUUUUUUCGUUUGGAAGUGCUGCAGAAACCUGCCUCGCUGGGUUUCCUGGCGCACGGUGGUCCCGGUGAGAGGCAAAUGAGAGAGCAAAUGCUGCAGAUGCGGGCGGAAGCUGCUGCCGCAUCGGCGAGUCGACAGGCUCUUGCACGAAGGCCUCGUCCCACACUGGAAGAAGAGGCGAGGCUCGAAGCCAGCAGCAUACAUGACUACACCAAGCAGGCAAUAGAGGAAGCGGGUGACUCCAGCACCGUCUCGUGCUGGAGUGGGGAUGACCGGUCCAGCGAAGUGGUUAUGGAGCAUGGGCAUGGCACAGAUGACGAUACUCUCGGCCUGAGCUCCCCCGUCUCCGAGUUCGACUUCGAGGCGGCAUGCGUUGCGCAGCAUCCGUGGGAGGAAGGCGGCGCUGGGCUGGGAGACUUUCGGGCCAAAGCAAUUUUCUGA